GGCUGGGGGAGCCUUCAAGGACUUUGUGGCAUCCAUGAGGAAAUGUAAAGAUGGCCUUGAUGAGUCAGUGGUAUAAACUACAGCAACUGGAUUCUAAGUUCUUGGAACAAGUACACCAGCUUUAUGAUGACAGCUUUCCCAUGGAGAUCAGACAGUAUCUGGCCCCUUGGCUAGAAAGCCAAGACUGGGACCAUGCGGCCAGCGAUGGCUCGCUGGCGACUUUGCUCUUCCAGAACUUGCUGUCCCAGCUCGACGACCAGUACGGCCGCUUCACCCAGGAGAACAACUUUCUGCUCCAGCACAACAUCAGGAAGAGCAAGCGGAACCUUCAGAACACUUUUGACGAAGACCCCAUGUACCUGGCCAUGAUGAUCUCCAAGUGUUUGCACGAAGAAAGGAAAAUCCUUGAAGCAGCUCAGUCAGCAGAUCAGAUGCAGGUGGGGAACGUGCAGAAUAUGGCGAUGCUUGGUAAGGUCAAGGAGCUGAAUUCCAAAGUCGAAGGGGUGAAAAACAGUGUCACAGAAAUGGAGCAGAUCAUCAAAACUCUAGAAGAUGCGCAAGAUGAAUAUGAUUUCAAAUGUGAAACGCUGCAGGCCAGAGAAAGUGAGUCCAACAGCAUGACCCAGGAUGAUUGUAAAAAGGAAAAAAUGGAGCUCCACACCAAGUACCUGCAGCUUCGUAAUAUGAAACAGGAUGUGCUACACAAGAUCAUUGCUUUGUUGAAUGUGGUUGACAACACUCAGAACGCUUUGAUCAAUGAGGAACUGGUGGAGUGGAAGCACCGGCAGCAGAUUGCUUGCAUUGGAGGCCCCCCCAACGCAUGCUUGGACCAACUCCAAAAUUGGUUUACCAUAGUAGCUGAGAGUCUUCUGCAAAUCCGUCAGCAGCUUAAAAAACUAGAGGAUCUGAAGCAGAAAUGUACCUAUGAGGCAGACCCGAACCCGCAACAAAAGAAAGUGCUGUAUGAACGGACACAGGCUCUCUUCAAGCAACUUAUCCAAAGUUCCUUUGUGGUAGAAAGACAGCCUUGUAUGCCUACACAUCCUCAGAGACCCUUGGUUUUGAAGACUGGAGUGCAAUUUACAGUAAAACUGAGAUUGCUGGUGAAGCUACAAGAACUGAAUUACAAACUGAAGGUGCAGGUUGUGUUUGACAAAGACGUCAGUGAGAAAAACACAGUUAGAGGAUUCAGGAAAUUUAAUAUAUUGGGAACAAAUACAAAAGUCAUGAACAUGGAGGAGUCGAAUGGAAGCCUGUCAGCAGAAUUUAGACAUCUGCAAUUAAAGGAGCAAAAGAACAGUCAAAGGACGAAUGAGGGUCCUCUCAUAGUGACAGAAGAACUUCAUUCCAUCUGUUUUGAGACAACUUUGGAACAAAAUGGCCUAAUCAUUGACCUGGAGACCACUUCCCUUCCUGUUGUUGUGAUUUCCAACGUCAGCCAGCUGCCGAGUGGAUGGGCAUCCAUUUUAUGGUAUAACAUGUUGACUAAUGAGCCCAAGAAUUUAUCCUUCUUCCUGAGUCCUCCGUGUGUGAAGUGGUGCCAGCUUUCCGAAGUGCUGAGUUGGCAGUUUUCAUCUGUCACCAAAAGGGGUCUCAAUGCUGAUCAGCUGAUGAUGCUGGGGGAGAAGCUGCUGGGUGGUGGAUGCACUCCAGAGGGCCUUAUUUCGUGGGCAAAAUUCUGUAAGGAAAAUAUGACAGAUAAAAACUUCCCUUUCUGGUUGUGGAUUGAAGGAAUCCUUGAACUCAUUAAGAAGCACCUUCUUUUUCUCUGGAACGAUGGAAGCAUCGUGGGCUUUAUCAGCAAAGAGCGAGAACGUACCCUUCUCAAGGAUAAGGAGAGUGGGACAUUUCUGUUACGAUUCAGUGAAAGUAGCCGAGAAGGAGCCAUUACUUUCACCUGGGUGGAGGGGCCCCUGCAUGAUCAGUACUUCCACUCGGUCGAACCCUACACAAGGAAAGAACUCACGGCUGUCAGUCUCCCUGAUAUCAUUCGCAAUUACAAAGUGAUGGCGGCCGAAAAUAUCCCUGAAAACCCACUCAAAUACCUAUAUCCAAAUAUUCCCAAAGACAACGCGUUUGGAAAAUACUACUCCCGGCCUAAAGAAUCUGCGGAACCCAUGGAUGUGGAAGACGGAGGGAAAGGAUACAUCAAAACUGAAUUAAUCUCUGUAUCGGAAGUUCAUCCUUCCAGGCUGCCCACCACGGAUGACCUUUUGCCUCUGUCUCCAGAAGAAUACAACGAAGUCACUCGGGUGGUAAGCCCUGCAGACAUUAUGGAAAACUGGGAGGACUCAAAAGGAGACAGGUGGAAUAAAAGCCUUCCUCAUCUGAUGAUGGGAUUAACCUACUCCCUGGGUGGUGCUUUCUUCGCAGACCAGAGUGGGCCUCCUUCAGAGAAGAUGUGUUCGGAAUAACCAUAACUGCUUGCUGGUUGGUCCAUAGGUGGACUUGCUCACCUUCAUGCCUGCCAGACUGCAGUUCCGUGUGCACCUGUUGAGCCUCUACACUUCAUACUGUAGCAGUCUCUCUCCAUAAAGAAGCUAUACAUUUUGUGUGAGCAGCGUAGCACUGUUGGGCCACACGAUGCAAAUUUAGCAGUGCCUUCCGCAUUACCAGGAAUAGUUGUUUAGUGAGCAGUCCCAUGUAGAGUGUUUUCCUUCUAUCUUGGUUGAUAACAAUCUAGUCUGAGAUGUAAGGUGUGCUUUUCAGUGAAACUCUCCCAAAAUAAAGGGAAUAUUGCAUGCCUGCUCCGCUUCCCCUUUGAAGUUGGGGUUCCUUUUUCUUUCUUUCACUGCUUUGCAGUUGGGAGGCACUCUGAAGAAGGGGUCUAGUCUUGCAGGAAAUGGGAGUAGCUUACCUAGCUGGCUAAAACUUUGUACCAAGGGCUCCGGUCUUGUGCUUCUGCAUAACCUCUGUCUCCCACUAUGUUCUUUCAGUGGAGUGGGACAGGCUAGCCUUGCUGCAUGAGCUCGGACUGUAUGGUAAUAGAAGCCGCAAGCCAGUAACAUGGCGGCACCCCUGGGCGAUGGAGGGAAAGGAGGAACAGGAGAGUUCGGCCCUCUUCAUGGCAGUCAGGUUGAAAGGUAUUUCCUGCAGAGAUGGUGGCACUCCCUCCCUCCCCACCACUUUUGAGACUCUCUACCCCUCUGAAGGUAUUUGAUGGCUGAGGAAUGAUGCGAGGGUGCCCGUUGUGCUCAUGGCCUUUUUACGGGCUUCCCAAAGAUCGCUGUGUGUCCUCUUGUGGCAACAGGAUGCUACAUAGAGGAGGGCUUUGGUCUUAUCCAGGGCUCUUCUCAUCGGCCUCAGUUUUUGCUGUCCUUAUCAAAGGAUAUCCUCCCCUCUUCACUACAGUGUGCCAAAUACCUUGCCAGUAUGGGCAACCCAUGUUCAUAACACAUAACCAGCUAUUUUAAUGCCAUUUGGGUGCACAAGUCCAGUUGGGCUCUUCUCCUCUGUCUUGCUGGUACUUUAAACAUAGGCAAAGCCAUUAGCUUCUGCCAUUUCUGCCUAUAGGCCUCCAUACAACUCCCUUGGCUUGCUGACUUAAGAACCAUUUCUCCUACCAUCUUCAAAAAGGGAAACGUUCUGGAUUGCAUGUAUAUUCUGGGUUCCUGUCCACAUUGUGAUUGCAGAUAUAGACUGUACCAUGGUGACUUGCGCCACUUGUGUGCUUUAUUCACUACGGUGUACCUCCUGCAACUUCCUGUACUUUUGUUUGCAGCCUGGAGGCUUAGCUGUCCACUUUGGUCCAGCCACUCCAGCGUACCACCUUACACAUGGCUGGCAGAGAUGGCACAAAGAGUGAUAGAAGGGAAUCUUGGGACUGAGUUAGUGCUGCCAAAAAAAAAAAA